UAUUAGGACGAUUUUGCAGUUCAGUAUUAAAUGGAAAUAUUAUAUUUCAUUCAUUGACCAACAUUUCACGAAACAAAAUAUCUUUGAAGUUAAAUCCAACUGAAUGAUUUCAUGUAAUCAUAGGCCUCAUAUUGAGGCUAGUGGUUCUGCAUGUACUACAAAUAAGCAAUAGGCAUAAUGAACAUAGGUAUAUAAUAUGCAGCCCAGAAAUUUACUGUGUGAAUAAUGUUGAUCUUUGAGUGAAACUCUUUGAACCAUGCAUGCCAGGGGCAUGCUGUUCUCUGUGUUUUAUGAGAAUAAAAAAAAGCAGAACAAGACAUGGAAAAGUUUUCCUUUUAUCUGGUCUACUACCUUAAUGGUACUUGAUGCUGAAGAGAGAAAGCCCUUCUUCAUUUCUUGAACUAUUCUUUCUUUGCAUUGAUUUAUUUCUUCUUCAAUAUUUUGCUUGCCUUUUAGUGACCUAUAGUAUAUCCUGUUCUUUCUGCUUCAUACUUCCUCUUCUGUCCUGCUCUCUAAUGUUUCAUAAGGAUGAAUUAUCUAUAAUGAAUCAUAUUGUAAUUGAGAUCAUAGGUACCUCCAUUAAUGCUUGUAUUGCCAAUUGUUUUGUAUUGGCAAUGCUGUUGCGCUAUUUCAACAAGUGUCAUGCGACGUCUUGAACUUCUUCACCGUGAACUUUCAGUACUGCAACACAUGCUGAAGCCGUGAUGCAUUUUGGUGCAUAAACUCAUUUGGUUUGUGUGGACCAACUAUGUGAAAUUUGUAGAUGCCUCCAUAUCAAUGUUCAUUAAUACUCCCGAACUACAUAAUUACGGUGUUAAGAUCUUUUAUUUCUUUAAACUGACUUGACUUGGCUAGAUGAAAGGGAAAAUAGAAUUUAGAAAAGACCUUUUUGACAGAUUAAUGUGCCAACAAAAACAGUAGAUUAGAUGUAAAAGAAAGUUAAUUUAAUUGUCCUUAGACUUAGCUGCCUUUGCUUAGUUUUGUACAAGAAAACCAUGAGAGUCUACUGUGAUGACAAUCUUGGACGUUAGCAAUACCUCUAAUAUCUAAUACAUUCAACGGUUGGGAGAUUAAUUUCAUUAUUUGGUGACAUGACUUUGGUGCCUACAAACUCUCAUGCAUACUUUUCUCUGGAAUACCAGUCGUACUUCAAAUUAUCAUUGCCAUGAUUUGAAUUUUUAUCAAAUGUGCAAUCAUAUUUGCAGUAUUUUUGGCUUGGCCAGUGAUUGCUUCAAAUCACUUGCAUUUCAUGGCAUUGUCUCUUAUGUGACCUAACAUUUAUGUAGACACAAUGAAUCCUUUUUUCCCCCCUCUCUUGAUAUUAUUUUUCAAUGGCUCAGAACUUCUUAAGGCACUAUACCUUUCAUACUUUAUCAGCUGUUCAGGAAGCUUUUUAUGAUGAUUGACAUGGGUCCAAACAAAAUGAAUGAGCAGGAUUCUCCUCAAAGGAAAAGAGGCUUUUGUCAUUUUUAAUAUCACAUAAUAUCAUAAUUAAGGACCUCAUAUAGAGAUCUGGAAGUUUGACAUGAGAAAGUAAAAAAUAUUUUUCCAAUUUAAUUUAUUUGAACAAAACAACAACAACAAAACUUAUCUUGAAACAAAUUGAUUCACUGCUUGAAACAUAUCAAAUUGUUGCUAUUGUACUCUGUGUUAAUCAGAUAUCAUUUGUCUUCUUUUGGGCUACUAUGUCAGUGUUUUCAUUACGGCAUAUAUUCUUACCCUUUGUCUCGCAUCUCUUACCUUUAUUUGAAUCAAUGACUGUUUCCAUUCUAUGUGCAAUUUUCAUUUAAUUUGAGUUAUCUCUCUCUUUCAUUCUUUUGGUUUUUGUUUCGAUUGGGUUUUCAACAACGAAUCACACAUUAUCUUUUCAAUACCUGAGUUUUCAGCCAAUUGCUAGUAUAUGAACUCUUUGACCUUUCUCAUAGCUACAUUGUUAAUGGGUCUUUAACAAGAAAACUCCAGAUCUACAAGACAUUAACUUCUAUCUCCAAGGAAAAAGAAAUUUCCUUUCAAUUCUUUGUUUCUUUGAUACUGGAAAGAUCUUGCCCUCAAUAACUAUCCCCCUCCCGACACUUCAUCAAUGUAAGGUCAUGUGAGACGUUACCCGUGUCCCUUCACCUUCAGUAGCUUUCUCUUUUGCUAUACAUUCUCAAGGACAUUUAUGAGCAAAGUUCACUUCUUUAUAAUUUAGAAUAGCACCAUAAUUCAGUACCCACUGUUCUGUAUUAAUUCUGUUUUAUACUGAAUAGUUUACCAAUUCCUCUACAUACUUUAAUUAACAUCCUUAGCAACUUCCUGUUUUUGCUUCCCUUCACCUAUUAUUUAGUUUCAUUUUAGAAGUGUAGGUAAAUUAUUGGUGGUGUUGUGUACUGUGUUUUAGUGUCAUUAAAUGAAAUCUGUACUUCCGCUAUGCUACAAAACUAUGCUCUUUGAUCUUUCAUUCUUCCUCCUUUCACUCUUGUUUCUUGUCUAUGCUGAGAUUUCAAUACCCCUAUUUUCUUACACAAAAAAAAUCCUUGCCCUAUUAUUUUCUAUUUCAAUCACUGAAUUUUUUGCUUGUAGCUAUACCAUUCCCUGUGCAUUUCUGAGCUUCUUGAGAGACCACCUUUUACAAUCUUUAACCACGCAGGAAAGUAUGGCUUAACUCACAAAACAAACAUGGCAACUAAUAAAACACGUAGCACAAUGAUUAUAUCAUGAAGGGGAAUACAGGAGGAUUCUUCAGUUUUCUCUACACUUUUGUCAGUGCAAAAUAAGUCCUCACAAAAUCAGCAUUUUAUGGUCUGGAGGAAGCAGUCAAAACACUUACGGCCACACGACAGUUGACAAUACCCAGGGGUGUUCGCCCUUGACACACAUUGGUGCUACAAAGUGCACUGCGUUUCAAACAUGUGGGUAGCGUGUCACUGAAGUGGCCGGUCGGAUCGGCGAACGAAAGGCAGGAUCAUUCCCAGCCAGCCAAGGUAGGCCACCAUUCGCACAUCAGUGUACUGCAGGCGGGCUACCCACUAUGGGACUCCAGAACCGAGGCUACAAAUGCAGUGGCCACUCGCGGGGAGUGGGAGGGGGGACAGCGAUGGAAGGGUUGAAUGCGCUCAAACAGCGAGAAUGAAAAGGGAAACCGCCGAUCGGGCUGGAAAGCUGGAAAUGGAACCAAGACAUACCAGAUCCGUGAAACGGCGCCAAGGCGCGCCACGGUGCCAAGCCGACGGGAUGUGACGUAGAAACCAAUGCCUUCCCCUCCCCACUCCUUCCAUAUAACACCUACCUCGGUAUGAGAAAUUGCGCGUUGCGUUUUCAGUUGCGAUUUGUUUAUUUGUGUGUCCUGUCCCAGUUUCUUUCUGCUGUUUUACUGAAGAAUGUUCGUGAUAAAGAGCCUGAAAUUCAUUGGAUAAUUUCUAUAAGGAAUUAGAAAAACUUUGAGAGCUGUCACCAGUUUUCACAUUUAUCCCAUCUGAAGCUCAGUUAUAGGUUAGUGGUGAUCUCUACAAUUUUGUCUGCCAGCUGCAGCCAGCUGCCACUUGCGGUUCCCCGUGUCACUGCGAACCACACUGCUUUAACAUGUCUGAGACCCCUAUUCAAAAGAAGGUUUUAUACGCUGGGAAAAAACAAGUGGAAUUCAAACCUGGAUGCAAAGUUGCCUUCCACUUUAUCACCAAGCUUACAGAUGAUGCUGGAACUGUUAUUGAUGAUAGUAGGAAGAUGGGAAAGCCCAUGGAACUAGUUCUUGGAAAGAAAUUCAAACUUGAAGUAUGGGAAACAAUUGUUCAACUCAUGAGCCUUAAUGAAGUCGCUUCGUUCACCGUUGACAAAAGUCUUGUGCUUCCUUAUCCCUUUGUUGCCAAGACUCUGAGAGAUAUGGAGAAACCAGCAAAAGAGAAGAAACACCACUGUUGUGGAGUAACAUUGCAGAACGAAGGUCUUGGAUAUGAUGACCUAAACAAAUUAAUUAAGGAUCCAUGCGACCUUGAGUUCAUCAUAGAGCUAUUAAAAGUGGAAGCACCUGAUGAAUAUAAAAAAGAAUCUUGGCAGAUGUCAGAAAAUGAAAAAUUAGAUCAGGUACCCAAAUUGCGAGAAGAAGGAAACAAGCAUUAUAAAGAACAAAAGUAUGAUGCAGCUUGUGAGAGCUACUCAAUAGCCUUAGGGUUUAUUGAGCAGCUCAUGUUGAAAGAAAAGCCUCGUGAUACUGAGUGGUUGGAACUUCAAGAGUUAAAGAUGCCUCUGCUCUUAAACUUAAGUCAGUGUAAGCUAAAGCAAGGUGACUUCUAUACUGUCAUAGAACAUUGCUCCACAGUUUUAAGUGUACAUCCAGACAACGAGAAAGCUUUAUUUCGAAGGGCCAAAGCCCACAUGGGAGCAUGGAAUCCUUCAGAAGCCAGAUCAGAUUUUGAAAAGUUAGUAAAACUCAACCCGAAAUUAGAGAAAUCAGUUUCUCAAGAAUUGGCUCUUUUGGAAGAUAUGGUGCGUCAAAAAAAUGUCGAGGAUCGAGAAAAAUUAGCUGGUAAAAUGUUCAACUGAUAAAUCUUAUUCUCAUUUUAAACUUUUAAAAGAUAAGCCCCAGCAGCAACCAUUAGGUUGCCUGUAGUGGCACAUUACCAUCAUUUGAACCAAAAAUAAACCUAUGAUAAGGGAGGGGAUAAAAAUAACAAUUUUCUUCUCUUCCACAUUUUAGCAGAGCUAAGUUACCAAAGAUUCCAGCUUAGGUGUUCAUAUGUUCAUUUCUUGUGAUCAGUGAGUGCAUCAAGUGUUGUGUGUGUGUUAUGUGAUAACUCUAUUUUAUAAUUUGUAUUCUAUAUUUUAUUACAUUCAUAACUUUUAAAAAACAAAUCUAUUUGUUCAUUCAUUUAUAUGCUAUUCCACAGAGAGUCAAAUGAACUAGGUUGCAUCAAACUUUUCUGAUAAAAUAUCAGAAUUGUAUAUUACAAUUUUAAUAUUUUAAAGAAUCUUUUUCUUACUUGUGCCAUUAAUUGACUUGCUGUAGCUACAAGUGUAAUGUAUUGUAUGGAAAAGAUGGAAGAUAACUCUGUUACAAAUAUGUAUUGUAAAUGGUCCAUUAAAAGAAAAGGAAAAAAGUUAAA